GGAUGGCUCAGAGUUAGGUAGCAGAUAGAAGUGUCGAAAUGAAGUUGACAAAGUUAAUGCUGCUCCUCGUGUGCCUGGGACUUUUCACAGCCCUGGUGGCCAGUGCCGAUACGGACUCGGAUGCCGACUUGGAUUCGGACGGCGAUUACGAUGAGGAUACAGCCGAUGAGGAUACAGCUGACGAAGAUACAGCCGGUGAGGAUACAGCCGGUGAGGAUACAGGCGCAUCCGGAUCCGCCACACCCUUAACCACGGAGUCCAGUGUCACGGGCAGUCCCAAUUCCUUGGAUGAUAAUUCUGGCAGUAGCACCGAUGUCGACGAUGGCUCGGCGGAUGACUCUGAUAUUGGAUCCGAUGCGGAUUACGACACUGCUAAUGCAGCUCCAGUGGUAAAAGGGGGGCCCAAUAAAAAGAAGGCUAACAACAAUAAGAAACGUGGUAGAAACAACAACAAGAAACGAGCUAGCAACAACACAAAGAGGGCCAGCAGCAACAACAAUCGCAAAAAGAGGGCCAGCAGCAACAACAAUCGCAAAAAGAGGGCAUCCAACAACAACAACAAGAACAGGAAAAGGGCGUCCAACAACAACAACAACAGGAAAAAGGCGCCCAACAACAACAACAACAGA